AUGAUCUUCUCCGACAUGUACAGGUCGCCGCGCUCGCCGCUCUCCAAGAUUCGACAUUCCGUCUUCGCUGCGCCUCUGCCGCUACCCCAUGCGGACUACGAUGUCGACCUUCUUAGCAAGGACAAGGCCAAGCAGAAGGAGGCCGUCAGACGUCACCUCGAGGAAAAGGUGCGCAACGAUUGGGACUUUGUUUGGCCGCCUGUGUCGGCUGCCGCCUCGGUGCCCGCGCCUGUACCUCCUCAGUCAACCGAAAACGACGACGACGUCGCAGCGGACCCCACUCCUCAGCCACCAGCUGAGACAUCCCCUUCUGAACCACAAUUUGGGGACGACUCGGUGACAGCCGCCGCGGAGAGGAAUCGCGAGUCCACGGAGGAGGCGCUAGACGACGGCCCUGACAGCGACGCCGAGUCUGUCUACAGCACCGUGUCGGAAGAUCCUGUCCACUACCGGCCACGACUCGACUGGGUAUCGGAUCUCUCCGACGACGAGGCCCCACCCAUGUCUCUCUCGCCCUUCCGCUUCGACACGCCCGAGGCGAUAGGCGCCGCCGUCAAAGCCUCAGUCGUCGACAAGCAGGCACAGCGGAGGAGAGCUGUUCGCGAAGAGAUUCAGUGGAACGAGGGUCUCGCCUGCUUUGAGGCCCGCCGCAAUGCCUGGACGGGCGCGAAAACGGUCCGCGUGCGCCAGAAGCCCAUCUCUCCAUCCACCUCUUUUGCGUCUCUGUCGCCCAAGCGGCUCUUCCAGCGCACAUCUGUGCCCCCUUCUCCCGCGCACCACAGCUCGCCUCCUCAGCAGCGCCGCAGCAACGACGCAUCUACCACAAACUCGGACGGCUAUGAUUCGAAAGAUGGCAGUCGCGACCUCAGCGCCCAGCGCUCCAAGGACUCAUCGCAUUCCACGACUUCGGCUCCGUCCACCGCAGCGUAUUCCGUCGAGACGCUGCUGCCCCUCGCACCACCCCUCCUCCCGCCGAAUAACCCCAUGCGUGCCUCCAUCACGCCGGCCGUGUACCUCUCGCUCUACGAAAAAGUCAUUCUCCACAAUCUCACGCCGUCCUGUCCGGUCAACCUCUCUGACAUGAUCCGUGCGUGCGUCACGGGCUGGAAGCGCGACGGCGAGUGGCCGCCCCGCCCGGCGCCCGCUGACCCCAUGAGCCUCGUGGCCGUGCGGAAGAAGAAGCGUGCCUCGGCGGGGGCAGGUGACGGUCUCGGCACCGCGAGACGCAUGAGUUUUGGUUUCCUCGGCCGAGGCGGAGGCGGGGAGAAGGCCGGCGCCGAAGAGAGCAAGGGCGUCGCCAAGGGGAUCAGGGGCAGCCUGCAGCGAGUUCUGGGCAUCGGCCAUCAUGCUGCGACUCCGAAUGGAAAGAGUGCCGUGGCUUGA